UAAAGAGCCUGCGCUACAGCAGAACCCGACCUCCGGCCCCCGCCUGCUUCCCAGUGCAGUGUCGACAAAAACCUUCGGCCUAGAAGAUGCAGCAGCAAGGAAGUCACUCAAGGAGGCUUGCUCUGUGCCUGCUGCUGCUGGUCCUGACCCAGCAGGUGUGCUCAGGUGUGGUGCAGAGUCCAGAACACACGGCCAAGAGACUAGCCCGCAUGAGUCCAUUGUGGAGGAUCAUGAACAGCAAACCUUUUGGCGCUUAUUGCCAGAACAACUACGAGUGCUCCACCGGACUCUGCAGGGCGGGACACUGCUCCACCAACCAGCGCCCCACCUCGGAAGUGGUCAAAUACUAGUGGGACAGCGACAUCAUCCAGCACCAGAAACAGUAUCGAAAUGAGUGGGACUUUGUUCUUAUUAAGUGUGUUGAGGAGCAGAUGUUACAAAAGGUAACCAAAAUCACAACAAAGUGGGAGCAGCACGUUGUUCAACCAAAAUAGCAUUUAUAGGUAAUCAUUCCAAUCCUAGAUAUUUUAUUUAUUCUACCGAACACACAUGUACUCAAUGCAUUAUUUUUUUAAGCAACAAUAUACUUCAAUAUUUUUGUUUUGUCAUUAUUAUGUUUAGAGCAAUGAAUGGAAGACUUAGAAAAUAAGCCGUGUUGAGACAAUCUCAGUAUUCGGUGCACUUUAAGGAGAUAAAGCACUUUUUGAAAAGCCAAAUUAUCUAUGUACUGUGGAGCUAUACUGUAUGUGCUGGACAAAACAGCUGGAAUAAAUAAAUUAAAUAUU